AUGGCCCAGCCCUCCAGGACAGUAAUCAUCGAAUCCAAGCCAAUCGGCGAGGGAUUGAGUGUUUUUCACGGAAACCUAAUGGUGGCGUGCAAAGAAGCAGGACUCCCGUUUCUCCAGAAUCUAUAUCUUGACUUAAUAUUAGCGUUGCAAGCCCUUCCCGCUUCGCGUAUAUUACGCUCCGUCAGCGGCAGCAGCAAUAUUUUCAGUGACUUGUCGCGACUGGGCUCGGCCGUUAAUUCUAAUGACUUUGAUCCUGAAAGACUCUUUCCAUUACUGGGUGCUGUCCUCAACAAAGAAUCCGAUGGCGCAAUCUGGGAUAAAGUCUAUACCGUCGCGGCCGAAUCUACACCACCUCCCAGACCGUUACCUUUUCUCGACCAGACUCCCUAUUUGCACACAACAAGCAGUUUUGUCAAAUCCUCAGAGCAUAGGAAGUACGUAGAUACCGUGUUGAAGGAGGAGCUAGGAUCAAUCUACGUCGGGAUACCUGGUUUCUACAAUGCAUACUUUGGGAGUGUUGAUGGUCUUGAAGAGACGGGUGCUGCCGUGUUAAGAAGAUGCAAAGAAAGGCAUACCCCUUUGUUCAACGAAGGAAAAGGCUGGAGGGCCUGGCCCGAAAGUGCUAAGGAAAAUGAGGUCUUAGGCUGGCUCUCUACGCUGAUCGACGAGGUCCGUGAGAUAGCUUCAGAAGAGGGUUUUACCACCGUGUCCGAUCGCGCGAUUUUGGCACAACCCGGACAACCGUUGCAAGGAUCUACAGCCGAUCGCAAGUUAGACGUCGGCCUCGUGUGUAACUCUGAUGCGGACAGUCGCACACAAUACCACUGGUCUCACGUUCUGGUCCUAGGCGAGCUGAAGAGUAACCCGACCGCUGAUACUGGCUCAAAGACGUGGCGCGACCUGGGCCGCUAUGCGAGGGAAGUGCUCACUGCACAGGAUACUCGUCGCUUUGCCUUAGGCUUUACAUUGUGCGGACCCAAUAUGCGACUCUGGGAGUUUGAUCGCGUAGGAGCUAUCGCAUCAUCGCCCUUUGAUAUCAAUAAAGAUGGACUCCGGUUUGUUUCAGUUAUGCUGGGAUUCCUGCGGAUGAAUGAUGAACAGUUAGGAUAUGAUCCCAGCAUCAUGUUGACCUCGAAUGGGAAGAGAUUCAUUGAGAUCAUACGCGACGGACAGUCGGAAUGCCUCAUUCUCGACAGCCUUAUGAAACGCUCCCCGUGUGUGGCUGGCAGAGCUACGACUUGCUGGAAGGCUUACCGUGAAGGGGAUAAGGAGAAUGCGCCACUGGUUAUUAAAGACUCAUGGCAGUAUCCGGAGCGAGUGGAGGAAGGCAAACUUUUGGCAGAAGCAACAGAGAGAGGCGUGGUCAAUGUAGCAAGGUAUUACUACCAUGAAACGGUUCAAGUGGGUAGAAAUGUCGAUGAUAUCCGUGGCAACGUGCGGAAAGGACUUGAUGUGACCCAGGGAACAAAUUAUUGA